ACCCCGGAACGCGCAUGCGCUAAUCUCAGUCGAGAAACAUGAUUGGCAGCCUGUUGUUUUAUGUGCUGUACCCGCUGUCACGGUACCUGACCGGGCGUUUCUCAGAGGCCUCAAAAAAGAGUCUCCUUCCUGCAGUGGUUAAUGGCACGGCAGUGUGGGAUGGUGGUGCUGUCACAACCAGGAAGUUCACCCAGUCUCAGACAACCCUUUUGGACCAGUGGCUCAGUCCAAGCAGUGAGACGAAAGGAGAAACGAAAGAGCAAAACUCAGAAAAAGAGGAUGAUACACGUACUGACACAGACAAAGCACAGCUGGUAGCUGUCCUGCUGAAAGAAACAGAGAAUGAGGUUAUAAAGACGAGUGAGGGGCCACAAGAAAGAGUGGAAGUUGCCAAGCAAGAGGAUAUCCAUGUAAUGCUGCAUAGGAGACAAAACAGAGAGGAUGGAAAUAUGUUUCCAACCGAGCCUGUCAGUCCAGAACAAGCAUUCAGGGCACUGUUAAAGGGCCUACAAACAGAUGACAGCAUGCAAGAAACUGCUGUUCCAGUACAGGAACAAGGACAGACAGACAACUUGGAGGAGUCAGCGGUAGCUCCAGCUGAGGACAGCACACGAGAAACUACCAAUCCAGUACAGACACAAAUACAGAUACUAAGUGUGGGAGAGUCUGUGACUCCAUCUGAAGUAACUGAGUGCUGGGAUGAAUACACAGCUCCUACUGCUGAUGCAAUGUUUGUUGGGACAAGCAGUUCCAAUCUGGUGUUUCCCUCUCUUCUUCCUGACACUCAGACCCACCUUAAUGUCAGUGGGCAGCAUGAUACACAGACUGGCUGGCACUUCCCUGCAGGACCUGGCUUGGCGGAAGAAGUGCAGUGUCCACUGAUGCAAUUUCCUACCAUGAGCUAUUACCCUCCAGUAGAGCACACAGAACCCUUUGAAGUAAUGUGGAGAGUAUGGGAGGAGAUGGAUGAGAGUGGUGCUGCAGCAGAGCCUGCCCUGAUACCCUUCCCAUUCACAAAGGUCUCGAUGGACUUCACUGUCAUGUCCUACAACAUCCUGGCUCAGGACUUACUGGAGGCCAACCAGGAGCUGUACAUGCACUGUCCUCUGGAGGUGCUGGACUGGAGCUACCGCUGCAGCCUACUCCUAGACGAAAUACUUAAAUGGACACCAGAUAUUCUGUGUCUCCAAGAGGUUCAGGAGAACCACUACCAUGAGCAUCUAUAUCCAGUCCUGUCUCAGAUGGGCUACACCUGUGUGUACAAGCGGCGGACAGGGACAAAGACAGACGGCUGUGCUACAUGCUAUCGAAGCAGUCGCUUCUCUGAGGUAUCAGUCACCCCCCUGGAGUUCUUCAGGCCUGACACAGAGCUGCUGGACCGGCACAAUGUGGGCAUUGUUUUGCUGCUUCGGCCUGUAGUCACCCAGGAGUCCAAAGCCAAGGCGAAGGGUCCGCUCCUCUGCGUAGCCAACACCCACCUGCUCUUCAACCCUAGGAGGGGUGACGUGAAGCUUGCUCAGUUAGCCAUAAUACUGGCAGAGAUCGACAGCAUGGUCAAGUCCUGUAAGGCCAAAGGUGAACACUGUGAUGUUGUAUUGUGUGGAGACUUUAACUCGGUCCCACACAUGCCUCUCUACCAGCUGAUCACCACUGGGGAGCUCUACUACCAGGGUCUUCCAGCAUGGAUGAUAUCAGGUCAAGAGGACCUGUCCUACAAAACAUAUUGUCACAGACUGUUUGCUCCCCUGUGGCCCAGCUGUCUGGGAAUCAGUGAUGCCUGCCAGUACACUACUGUCAAGGACACGUUUGAGAGCAAGAGUCAGAAGUCAGGGAAGUACAACCAUGACUUUAUGCUACAGCUGCGCUAUUGUCCAGCUGCAUGCGUCCGCCCUGUGGACCUGGAGCUGAUCCCAGGGGUGACCGACAACACACCAGAUGCCUCAAGGGGAAAUCAGCCUUAUAAUAAAAGUUUCAGACACACAAUCAGUCAUCGGUUACACCUGGAGUCGGUUUAUAAACACAUUCUCCCAGGCUCUGGCACCUCAGAAGUCACAACACUGCACUCUGAGGGGGGAGCCACUGUCGACUACAUCUUCUACUCCCCAAGACGCAUCUUAACCUCUGAUAAAAAAGAUGGAGGCAGCUUUGCGAAUGAGGGUCUGAAGCUGAUUGGUAGUCUCUCCCUCCUAUCAGAGGAUGUCUUGUGGUCAUUGAAAGGCCUUCCCAAUCACAUAUUCCCCUCUGACCAUCUCAGUCUCGUGGCCAAAUUUCAGCUGGACCUGAAUGCAGCAUGAUAGGAAGGACGGUGGGUGAAUUCAGUGGGUUGUACGUCAGAGGAUAAGCAUAUUUCCAUUCAAAUGGUUCAGGUCUUGCUCUGUACACAUUUGGUUUUUGUUUUUAUUAGCAUGAAUGGCAUUACUUGUGGUUCAGUCUUGGCAACACAGGUUCAUAGUUUUCUAACUGAAUUGAAGUUAAUAUUUUUGUUCAAAAGGGUCAGGAAAAAUAUAAUGAAUGCCAAUAUUCCGCUUCUUUCCACAUGGUUUUCAUCAGAUAAAUGAUGAGCCAUGAGUGAGAUACGACAAAUCUUAAUUGUGGUGAUGUAAUAGUUCAUUAAAAAAAAAAAAAAAAAAAAGAAUGAAGGCAGUGAUUGCUUUCUUUUUGGUGUGAUAAUACACACUGACGUGCUCCUUUUGUUGAUAACUACUCAGUCACAUUUUAAUUUAUUUUAAACCCAAUUUCAAAAUGAGAAUUAGAUUUCUCUCAUGAGCCAGCUCUAUUUUUUCAGAUGGGAAAAAAUACUGAAUAAAUAUUUUCCAUUAAUUUGUGACUCCUUUUUUUUAAUCUUUAACACAUUGCAGACAUUAAAUGUGUGCCUCCAGGCUGGAAAUAACAAUUUAUAGUUCCUUUCUGGAUUUAUGAUGUAGCAAGGUUUAAAUGCAUCCGCUAGCAUUAAUUCUUCCAGUUGGUGUUGGGCUGCCUGUGUAUCCUGUGCUGAGGCUGUGACCUGGUUGUUGGCUCUGCCCCUCCCAUCCCACUAAACUGAAGCACUCAGUUUGUUAGGGCAAAGAUGUCUGUGUGUGCUUGUGGGUGUGCGCGUG